GCGCGCGCUUCGUUCUCCACUCACGCGGGGAGCGAGGAUUUCACAGGGGUACGCGAUGCUGGCGACGCUGGCGAGGGUCGCGGCUCUGCGGAGAACCGGCCUUCUCUCCCGCCGGGGCGGCGGGAGGGGGCUGUGGACCGGCCGCCCGCAGUCAGAUGCUGACAAUAUGAAGCCAUUGGAGGGUGUAAGAAUUCUGGAUCUAACAAGAGUACUGGCGGGACCUUUUGCUACUAUGAACUUAGGAGAUCUUGGAGCAGAAGUUAUAAAAGUGGAAAGACCAGGAGCUGGUGAUGAUACACGAACUUGGGGUCCACCUUUUGUGGGGACAGAAAGUACUUAUUUUCUCAGUGUUAACCGAAAUAAAAAAAGUAUAGCUGUUAAUAUCAAGGAUCCAAAAGGGGUGAAAAUCAUCAAAGAGCUUGCAGCUGUUUGUGAUGUAUUUGUGGAAAACUAUGUCCCUGGCAAAUUGUCUGCAAUGGGGCUGGGCUAUGAAGAUAUAGACGUGAUAGCGCCUCACAUAGUCUACUGUUCCAUCACAGGGUAUGGUCAGACAGGCCCACUGUCUCAGCGAGCUGGGUACGAUGCCGUUGCCUCUGCUGUUUCUGGUCUGAUGCACAUCACGGGGCCCGAGGAUGGAGAUCCAGUUCGUCCAGGAGUGGCCAUGACUGAUCUUGCCACUGGCCUUUAUGCGUGUGGAGCCAUUAUGGCUGGAUUGAUACAAAGAUAUAAAACCGGAAAAGGACUGUUCAUUGAUUGUAACCUACUGUCAUCCCAGGUGGCAUGUUUGACUCACGUCGCUGCGAAUUAUCUUAUUGGCCAAGAGGAAGCGCGGCGCUGGGGCACAGCUCAUGGAAGUAUUGUUCCUUACCAGGCUUUUAAAACCAAGGAUGGAUAUCUUGUAGUCGGAGCAGGAAAUAACCAACAGUUUGCUACUGUGUGCAAGAUCUUGAAUUUGCCUGAACUGAUUGAUGAUUCCAAGUAUAGAACUAACCACCUUCGGGUACAGAAUAGAAAAGAGCUUAUUAAAAUAUUGUCGGCACGGUUUGAAGAAGAAACGACCAGCAAGUGGUUACACCUCUUUGAAGGCAGUGGAGUCCCGUAUGGCCCAAUUAACAACAUGAAGAAUGUGUUUGCAGAACCCCAGGUGUCCUCCCUUGUUUUUCCCCUGACGAGCUGUGGAGUUUCUUGGCCCUGGGUACAUGGAACCGGCCGCUUCUGUUCAGAUGUGGGACCGCACCGCUGGCGCCCGUGGCCCAGCUCUCCAUGUGCGCCGUGCCAGCACAGCUGCUAGUUCAACUGAAAAUUGAUUUGGGUGAAAUACAAGGCCUGGAACAUGGCGCAGGAAGUGAGACUCUGAUGAGGUGAAAAGGGGUAUGUCUAACCAAAAAAAGAAAGAAAGAAAAAGAUUAGAAGCAUCAAAGAGCAGGAGAGAAUUUUCUGUGGGCCUGCUUAUCAAGUGGCCCAUUUAUGUUUCAUCUGUGGCUUGAACGUGGCGGACAACAGAACUUUGCUUGAUGGUCGAAACUGUUCCUAACCAAAAUAAUUUCCUCAUAGUCUCAUGUUCCGAGAAAACUUGCCUUUUUGACUCAACCGAAACAACAAAUGAUUCUUUUUUUCUUGGAUGGAUGCAGGGGUGUCUACCUUUUAUCCUCUGAUUAUGUGCUGCAGACCUUUGCACAGUUAAAAUGAUCCUGCAGGCAUCCACUGUUAAGUCAAUCAGGAAUACUACAGGAGAUUUUGGUCUGUAUUUACUGAUAUCUCUGAGAAAUUUUGAUCCAAAACCCUUUUAGUGGUAGUUUUAUUGUUUUUUCUCCCUCAAUGAUAUAUUAUCUGUGGAAAACUCUGUGCAUUGUAGAAGUAUAAUAUAGAUUAUCUGCAUAUAGAUUUUAAUAGUCAUGUUUCCAAGUGCUUUCUUAAAAUAUCUUCUUUUAAUCAGGCCAAGAUUGUGUAGUACAUUAAAGGAAUUCUUAAAAAGUUUAAAAAACUUACUAGAUGACCUCAGUAUGGUCCUAUUUAACAUACCCUUGGGAACAUGUGCAUGAAAUACAUUGUGGUUUGAGGUUUUCCAACCCAAACAAACUUAAAAGAAAAUGCAGCUUUUAAUAGAAACUGUUCAAAUUCCUGCAAAGAUAGGUAUGGAUCUCACCACUGAGAGGGUUUAAAAGCAUCAUUAUCUACCAUGAGAAUCAAAAGAGAAUGUGCUAUCCUGCUUUUUCUAUUUUGCUCAAGACCGUAAA